AUGGGACGUCUGUCUCUGCUCCUGGUUGUCACUCUGUCCUUUCUCACCUGCCAGGUUUCAUGUUCCGGGGUGUUUGAGCUGAAGCUGCAGGAGUUCCUCAACAAGAAAGGGAUAACGGGGAACGCGAACUGCUGCGCUGGAGGCUCCGCGCAUCCGCAGGGACACCAGCACUGCGAGUGCAAGACUUUCUUUCGGAUCUGUCUGAAGCACUACCAGACCAACGUGUCCCCCGAGCCUCCCUGCACUUACGGCGGGGCUGUAACUCCGGUACUCGGCUCCAAUUCCUUCCAGGUGCCGGAGACCAAUGCGGACAGCUUCACCAACCCGGUGCACUUUCCCUUCGCCUUCACAUGGCCGGGGACGUUUUCACUGAUCAUUGAAGCCCUGCACACUGACUCCCUGGACGACCUGGCAACAGACAACCCAGAGCAUCUGAUCAGCAGGGUCACCACCCAGCGUCAUCUCACCGUGGGAGAUGAGUGGUUCAAGGACAUACAGACAUCCGGCGGGACGGAGCUACGUUACUCUUAUCGCUUCCUGUGUGACGAGCACUACUACGGCGACGGUUGUUCCGUCUUCUGUCGGCCCCGAGACGAUGCCUUUGGCCACUUCACCUGUGGCGAGCGUGGGGAGAUCAUAUGCAACUCUGGCUGGAAGGGUCAUUACUGCACUGAACCAAUCUGCCUUCCCGGCUGUGAUGAAGAACAUGGCUUCUGUGAAAAACCAGGAGAGUGCAAGUGUCGUGUGGGCUUCAGUGGACGUUACUGUGAUGACUGUAUCCGUUACCCAGGCUGCCUCCAUGGCACCUGCCAACAACCCUGGCAAUGUAACUGCCAGGAGGGAUGGGGCGGGCUCUUCUGCAACCAGGAUCUGAACUACUGUACGCACCAUAAGCCCUGCCUUAAUGGAGCCACCUGUACCAACACUGGCCAGGGCAGCUACACUUGCUCCUGUCCACCUGGAUUCUCGGGCGCCAGCUGUGAGGUCCAGAUUAAUGAAUGUUCUGGAAACCCCUGUCGCAAUGGAGGCAGCUGCACUGAUAACGACAAUGGCUACAAGUGCACCUGUCCGCCUGGUUUCUACGGCAACAACUGUGAGUUGAGUGCCAGUACCUGUGCAGAUGGGCCUUGCUUCAAUGGCGGACAUUGUGUCAACAACCCUGAAGGGGGCUACUUCUGUCAAUGCCCGUUGGGACAAGCCGGCUUCAACUGCGAGAAGAAAAUUGACCACUGCUCCUCCAACCCUUGUUUGAAUGGUGCAGAAUGUGUGGAUCUGGUGAACUCCUACCACUGUCAGUGUCCUGAGGGAUUUUCUGGCCCUAACUGCGAGGACAGCGGCAGCAUCUCUGGACACUGUCUAUCCUUCCCCUGUCAGAACGGUGGGACGUGUCAAGAGGGAGUGAACGGCUACACCUGUACCUGCCCUCCAGGCUAUACUGGCAAAAACUGCAGCUCCCCCCUCUCCCGCUGCUCUCACAACCCCUGCCACAAUGGAGCUACCUGCCACGAGCGUGGCGGGCGUUAUGUGUGUGCUUGUGUGCCCGGCUAUGGUGGUCACAACUGCCAGUUCCUCUUACCAGAGGUUCCUAAAGGUGAGCCGGUGAUGGACGGACCGGAUCGGCGGUAUUCUUCACCGGAAAAAGGAAAUGUUGAAGAUGAGGAGAAUGACGAUAGCGGAUUCCCAUGGACGGCUGUGUGUGCCGGUGUCUUCCUCGUUCUGGUGAUCCUGAUUGGCUGCUCAGUGAUGGUUGUCUACGUUCGUGUCAAAUUGCAAGAUCGGCCAAGUCACCACAGUGACAGUGUCCACAGUGACAGCCACGAGACCAUGAACAACCUGACGACCACCAACAAUUGUCUCCGCACUGACAAGGAAGUGGGUGCUUUGAUGACGGCGUCCAUUAAAAACACCAACAAGAAGGUGGAUUACCGUUCGGACAUUGCUGGGUCGCUGGGUGGUCUGAGUGGAAUCAGCGGGAUGAAUGGAUCAGAGAAGAACGGCCUUAAGACUCGCUAUACCAGUGUGGAGUACAACCUGGUGCAUGAGGUCCGGCAGGAGGAGCUGCUGCUGUGUAAAGAUGAGGAGCACAGUGAGCCAGAGGUCAACUGUGAAAUGUUGGAUGAGUUUGACUCAGAGGAAAGAUACAGGAAGAGACAGAAGAGCGAGGCAUCAGAAAAGAAAUACGAUGAAGAGUCACCAAGUUGCAACGAAGCAAAUUAUCAGUCCUCGAGUGAACUGAACUAUCAUGCAGCAAGUGAUCUUAAAUAUCAGUCAACCAGUGAUGUCAAAUACCAGUCAACCAGUGACGUCAAGUACCCAUCAACCAUUGACGUCAAGUACCGAUCAACCAGUGACGUCAAGUACCCAUCAACCAGUGACGUCAAGUACCCAUCAACCAGUGAUGUCAAGUACCCAUCAACCAGUGACGUCAAGUACCCAUCAACCAGUGAUGUCAAGUACCCAUCAACCAGUGACGUCAAGUACCCAUCAACCAGUGACGUCAAAUACCAGUCAACCACUGAUGUCAAGUACCCUGCAACCAGUGACGUCAUGUACCCAUCAACCAGUGAUGCUGAAUACCACUGUCCCAGUGACAGCAGAUACCAGUGUACCACUGACACCAAAUACCAGUCUGUUUACGUCAUGUCGGACCAAAAGGAUGAAUGUAUCAUCGCUACAGAGGUAUGAUACCGGACCAGUUUCCUCUGGUUGUGGUUGAUCCACACACUCACCAGCCCUGAGCAGUACAGCUCAUCUUGUCUCUGGGAGGUUCUACUCCUGCUGUUUGCUGCUGUUCCCUGGGAUUUUUCCGGAGGACUAUUGAGCCACGGUGCUGCUAUGCCAGCAGUGUAUUCAUCAAGGCCUAAGUACUUUAGUGCUACGUGUGAAUCCAAGACAAUUUUGACCCUUGAUGGAUGCUGACAGAGUACUAUGGACAGAGUACCAAAAGACAGUGCUAGCAGUUGUACAAACUUUGUACAGAAACCGUUCUGAACAUGUAAUCAUGCAGUUUGAAUGAUAACUGCUGGAGAACUGAUGAAGAGCACGUUUGAAGUCUUGUUGCAGUACUGGAUGAUUUACUGCUCGUACCAAGAUGAACUCCUCUCCGCUGGUCAACAGCGAAGUAUUGAUUUGGAUGUUGACCAAUAAUAUUGUAGUACUGUGGAGUACUGAUUGAACAGUUUAGUACCUUUGGAGUACUCAGAACUUUUGAAGUACUGUUGUAGUACUGUUAUGUGUUGUGGUUUUACAAUUCAGUGUAAAAGCUGUCGUGGAUAUUGAACAGUUCCGGUUCUGUGCAGUGCUGCAGAGUUGAGGGUGGAGUUAUAGCAACAUUAGAAGUUUUCAAAUUGUAGCUGCUAAGAAUUCAUAAAAAAAAUGUAAUUGGAAUUAAAACAUUUUUAAAACAGUAACUCCAGCUUUACAUCUUUAACUCUGUAGCACUGACAGAGACGAUGUUGGCUGAGCUGGUUCUCAGCAGAAAUAAGCGAACUGAAGAUUCCAGUAGUGACUGCAGAUCGAUCCAACAUGGAUCCUGUUGGGCCAUACUGGCCUCUGACCCCUGAAGGUUUUAAUACACAGGGCAAUGUUUCGGGCAGAGUGACUCAGGAAACACUUUCAGUAUUGGAGGACAAACAAAGAGAAAUAAAUCAGGCAAAACAAAUACAAAUUCAUUAUGAAUUAAUUUGUUAUUUCUGUUCUGCUACAAAAAAUCCUGGAUAAAGUGAAAUUAUUGUUUCACUGUUAAAAAUGUAAUAAUUUUUCAUAAUUGUCCCGACCUCUGAUGAUGCUGUCCUGAUUCCAAGUGAGCUAUGAUGGACUAGUCUUAACUGCCAAGACCUCAUUGCACUAUGGAGGUGUGUGUGUAUGAGUGUGUGUACAGAGGAGGUGAUGUCAUUUGUGUGGUGUCAGGUGUGUGCACUGCCCAAUCCCGCUCCCCUCACCCCCAGUCUUCCACUAUUAGCCAAUUGAAGGACACCAUCACCCUGCCUGCCAUUGGUUAGGAUCAAUUGUUUUAUUUUAUUUGUUAUCUAAAGAAAGGCGUAUUCUUUUAAUUUAAUAAUGUAAUUAUUUCAUGUUUCAUUUUGUUGUGAUGUUUUUUGUUAAAUCUCUUAUAAUUUAAGUUGGACAGUUUUUAUUUGGCAGAUAAUGUAUGUAUGUAAGUUUGUAUGUAUGCAUGUAUGUGUUAGGCACUUGAGACCACUGUGACUGUGUUGUAUUUAAGAUAAAAGUCGUAUGUACAGAGCCUGUCAUUUUUAUUACUGGAAAACAACGCAAUAUUUUUCCAAAAUA